GUUCUCAAGUGACACAGAGAGGAGAUGGUGCAAAACACACUUUGCUAAAGGUUUUAUUUGAGACUGCAUUUUCCAGGUUGUUUGUAUGCCAUCCAGGAUUAUAUAUGCCAGCCCAACAGAAGAAAGUGUUAUUCUGUGUUGCUGGCGUGCUAAGUUUUGCUUGUGCUCUCAGUAUUGCAGCAGCCAUCGGAACUCAGCUGUGGCUCAGAGGAAGAAUACUCUGCAAAACUGGAGCGCUACUUGUCAAUGCUACCGGCCAAGAAUUAGAGAAGUUUAUUGGUGAAAUUCAGUAUGGACUUUUCUAUGGGGAGAGGGUUAGACAAUGCGGGCUCGGAGGGAGACCUUUUCGGUUUUCAUGUAAGUAACAAUGACAUCUGAAUUAUUUAAUGCUUUAGUGCAUGCUAUCGUGGUCGACAGCUACGUACAUGAGCAUUCUCCUGUUUCUUCCAAAAGAUGCGCUAGUGGGAGAUGUGAAAUUAUGUCACCAUAAUAUACAUCCUGUGCUUCUUCUAUCAACAUGUAUUUACUGUUAUAAUAGCUUGCUAGUUGAAGGAGCAGUCAGAUCCUGUGCAUGUCUUCUUGGGAGUAAGGCCCACAGAGUUCUGUAGGAUUUCCUUUCAAGAAAGCUUGCAUGGCAUCGCAGCCUUAAUUUUUCAAACUCUUUUCCAAUACUGUGCUUUGGUGUCUCUUUUAAUUAUUGUUAUUUUAUUAAUUCUUAUUGAAUUGUUGUCAUUUUAAUAUUGUCAUUUUAAUAUUAAUGAAAUGAGUGGGAAAGAAAGAGAACUAUUGUAAAUACUUGCUUGAGUUCUGGAUAUGCAGACUGUGAGAAAUCAACAGUCAAAUUCCUCUGCAUGUUUACUCAAAAGUAAGUCAAUUGAGUCUACUGGGACUUCUUCAUCAGCUAAAAAUCUAAAUGCCAGAGUCCAAUCUUAUACAGGUGUACUCAGAAGCAAGUCCAGUCGAGAUCCAAUGAGCUUACUUCUAAGUAAACAUGCAUAGGAAUACAGCCUCACUUGCUCGACUAAUCAUUAUUAUCCAGGAUUGGCAACUGCAGAGUUGCAUAGGAUGAGAGUUUUGCAGUUCAUCUGUUUACCUUCCAGGAGUAAAUAAUGUUAAAAUGGUCAGUCAUGCACUUGAUUUAUGCAUAGCACCAUAUUAAAAAGAAAUAAUGGUUAUCUGGAGAAGAGUUCAUAAUAUGCCACCUAACAUUAAUUUUCUUACCAGAAACAAUUUGCAAGUAAUCUGCAGAGAGACAUUGUGGCUCGUGAGUCAUUUCUGGUGCACGUCCUGAACUGCAGACAUGAAAAUGAUUGACUGUGCAGAGGAAGUAGACCAAAUUCAUUUUGGAUAUUAUUGAGAAUUGCUUCAUCUAAUUGCAUUCUAUAGUAGGCUUUAGCAGUUCUUGAGACCUCUCUGAAAAUCCUGCUUAUCAUUGCUUCCCGCUCCUGUCACCCUGUAGGAAUUCUCAGAAUGACUUGCUAAAGAAUGUAGGAAGCACUAACCAAACUUUGUUUAUUAAGAUGGUGGAGCUGGAAGAAUGCUUAAGACAUAGUCCAUUCCCAUGAGUUAGUGCACAUAGUAUUAUGAGAACAGUCUGUAUGGAGGCUUGGACUCUUCAUGUACCCUCUUCCUUCUUCUGGCAUGAUUGCAAGUUGCUCAGAAGCUUUCGCUUCCAUUCCAAAGUAAUCAUAUGUUGGCACAUCGUCUGAACCCUAUAUUGUGCCUAAUCUUAAUAGUUAAUGGUAAGAAGUUGGCAUCAUAAAACAUAGCUUGAAGUUGGCUUGAUUCCACUAACCACAGUUAAGUUAGAACACAGUUUAUCAGGUGCAGGUAAUGCAGUUUCGGAAGAAAAGCUUCUGAAUUCCUCCUAACACCUAAGUCACAGGGGGGAAAUCAACCCACAAUCUAAACCAGGGGUCCCCAAACUAAGGCCCCUUGGGCCAGAUAAGGCCCAAAGGACUCGUUUAUCCGGCUCACAGCGACCCCCGCUGCCCACUCUUACUGACGCUGCGUGGCUGCCUACUUCCGGGUCGGAGGAGCACCGGAAAUAGCUUGUGCGCAUGCGCAAGCGUUAUUUGCACAUGUGCAAGCGUUAUUUGCGCAUGCACAAGCAUUAUUUCCGGUGCACAUCCGGGUCAGAGGAGUAAGUGCAUAUGCGCACAAGCUAUUUCCGGUGCUCCUUCGACCCGGAAGUGCGCCAGAAAUAGCGUGUGUGCACACAUAUGGGCACGCACUCCCCUGCCCUCCGGCCCGCCUCGUGAUUGGCGCUGGAGACACCGUCCAGAGGCGCAAUAAGUUUGCUGACCCCUGAUCUAAACAGAUGGCAUUCAAGAGCUUGAACACUGUGGAAGCUAUUCUUCAUUGAAAAUAUAUUGUUGGAACAUAUCCUUAUUCCCACCCCCACCCCCAAAUGCUAUGAAAUAUCCAUCCCAUGUGAGGGUUUUGCAAAGGGAGGUAAGUGGACCUGGUGCAGUUGGCAUGCCGUAACUGUCCUCCCCUGUCCUGCAUGUCCCCACUUCAAGCAUGUUCCCACCUGGGAACACGUGUGAUGAAUGCCAAGUGAAAAACCAUGAGGAAGCUGGGUUGCAUCAGUCUACUUCCUGGCACACCACGAGAAUAAUGUGACUAGACCUCCCCAGGCAAUUGUUUGCAGCCUUGUUUAGAUAACAAUCAAAGCAAAAAGGAGGGAGGGUAUGGGGUCAUUCCCACUGGUCCACUCAAACACUCUACACAUUGAUCAGUUUACCUGCACAGAGAGCAGAUACAUUCAAGUUCCACACAUAAAGAUGACUUGAUCAACACACAGAAAUCAGUGGCGAGUCAGAAGCACGACUCAGUUCUGCCCACUCACCCCGUAUCGAUUGUACAGUACUUGUGUCAUCUGCCUUUUAUGAUGGAAAAAGGAGUUUGCAAUUAUCUAUUUGGCACCAGAGCAGAGCUCUGUGAUUAAUCCGGGGACAGAGAAAAAUAAUGGCAGUCUGAAAUAGCAGUCAUAUUUACUUUGAAUGAACUUUUCUCUUUUUUUACUGGGUGAACAUACACCUGGAUGGAAUUUAUUAAUGUUAUAUAAUGUCCAGUAGCUUAAAGGCAGCUGCUUCCAAUACAAGAUUCAGUCUACUGUGUAAUUACUAGGAAACAUUGGCUGUUGUUCACUGCCUUCGCUGCAAUCCUCAAGGAAACUCUCUCUCUAAAUGGCUAUAAAUGUCUUCGGAAAUGUUACCAUUUACAGUAGAUGCGUUUGCAUUUUAAUGCAUUGAAGCACAGUGUGGCAAGGCUAAGAAGAAAGGAUUAAAUCAUCUGCCUUGUUUUAGUCCUGCGUUUGCACCCAUUAAAUGCUCUCCCUGUUGGCCGCUAUAUCUCUUUUAAUUGUAAAAUGAAUUUGCUCUGCCUGUAAAACCCAUUCAGGCUCAGGAAAGCCUUCUGCUUCAUUUACUCUGGCUCUUGUCUGUUUCUGGGUCAGCGGUUCAUUUUCUAAAGGCCACUGGCAUGUAGAUUCAAUGCUUAUAAUGAAGGUCUGUCUUCUCUUCCAGGGCAACAUUGCUGCUGCAUUAAUUUUAUCUGGUAGUCACCUAUAAAAGUUUAAUGAUAUGUAAAAAGUUCUGAAUGUCGCUAUUGAGGGAAACAGCCUGGACAACCCAGUGUUGUGUGUGGCUUGGCAAUAAGCAUGACAAAAGCUGCUUCUGAUACACAGUGGUACCUCGGGUUAAGAACUUAAUUUUUUCUGGAGGUCCGUUCUUAACCUGAAACUGUUCUUAACCUGAGGUACCACUUUAGCUAAUGGGGCCUCCUGCUGCCGCCGCGCCAGCACCGCAUGAUUUCUGUUCUCAUCCUGAAGCAAAGUUCUUAACCCGAGGUACUAUUUCUGGGUUAGUGGACUCUGUAACCUGAAGCGUCUGUAACCUGAAGCGUCUGUAACUCGAGGUACCACUGUAUAUAAAACCAAAUCUGUGCUGGAAAGAAACAAACUCAAUCUUGCAUCAAGAGAAAAUGAAAUUUGCAAUCUGUGUAAGCGGUUCACAUUUUUGCACAAUGUGCCCUUGCAUGUGCUUACUCAAAAGUGAGCACCAUUGUGUUUUAUGAUGCUUACUUCCUAGUAGGUGUGUUUAGGACUGCAACCUUACCGUGCAAUCCUAUGCAUGUCUACUCAGAAAUAAGCCACGUUGCGAUCACGUGCUAGUGAUGAACAGGGGAAACAAGCUAUGUAAGGCAGUGGUGUCCUUUCUCAAGUUGUUUGUUUGUCGGCAGAAUUUACAACCCACCUCUCAUCGUACAUGAGUAAUAAUAAUAAUAAUAAUAAUAAUAAUAAUAAUAAUAUAUUUAUAUCCCGCCCAUCUGGCUGGGUUUCCUAAGCCACUCUCUGCAGCUUCCAGCAAAAUAUUAAAAUACAAUAAUUCAUCAAAUAUUAAAAGCUUCCCUAAACAGGGCUGCCUUCAGAUGUCUUCUAAAAGUCAGAUAGUUGUUUAUUUCUUUGACAUCUGGUGGGAGGGCAUUCCACAGGGUGGGCGCCACUACCGAGAAGGCCCUCUGCAUAUAGGCCCUAUAACUUCACUUCUUGCAGUGAGGGAACCGCCAGAAGGCCCCCGGCACUGAACCUCAGUGUCCAGGCAGAAUGAUAGGGGUGGAGACGCUCCUUCAAGUAUACUGGGCCAAGGCUGUUUAGGGCUUUAAAGGUCAGCACCAACACUUUGAAUUGUGCCCAGAAAGGUACUGGAAGCCAAUGAACUUGCAGUAGGACACAACAAUGCAAAAUACAAUGCACAGUAAAAACAACAAUACAUUAAGGGUCAUAUCCAGUACUGGAUGAAGGGAGUCGUGCCCAUGCAACAUUUCCCCAUCCUCUCCUCUCCCCAUGCAAUGCCAAAAUCAGCUUCGGAGGGUCCUUCACUUUUGAAGGUGUAUGUGGGGCUGCAGCAGGGAGCAGCGAGGAGGGCAAAGUUCCAUCGCUCACGUCUGUUGCACUAGUGGAACAGCAGGGUUGGAUAUAAUCCUAUAUUUUAAAUUACAACUAUCUCCAACUCUAAAGUAUAUCAGACAAGUACAUAGCCAAAUAUUUAUCACGUACAUAAUGGCCCUUUCAGAAUUUUAUUUAUUUGUUUGUUUUAAUCUAAUUCGUCUCGGCCUGGUGGAAAAGGAAAGCUUUUAGCUGGGGCCAAAAAAUUAUCAAAGUUGUUCCCAGCCAAACCUCAGAGGGGAGGGUGUUCCAUGACCAAUGAGGUGUUAUUGCUUAGAAGUCCCACUGACAAGCUACAGAUCUCAUAAUCUACUGCAGCUGACCUAUAGGAUUAUACCUGAGAUGCCCCUUCAAAUACCUGGGUCUAAGCCAUUUAAGCCUUUAUACUAACACUUUGAACUUGGCCCAGUGACAUUUUUUUUUACAGUCUUAUUUUUAUGAACUUUGCUGUCAUCGUCAUCAACAUUUCUUAUUUUACAAAUAUUAAAACCUACAAAACAAAAACUUUUCUACUGUCUGCUAGAACCAACACCUGUCACAAAGAAUUAAAAAACAACACAACCUGAGAGUCUCUUUUUGAAUUUUUUUUUCUUAUGUUUGUAAUUAAUGUACAGUACAUAGUCUUUCCAUUUCCUAUUGGCUAAUUGCAACCACUGAGCAAGAAGGAAGCAAUGGUCAUAUUACAAAUAAUCAACGAAUUGGAUUGGAUUGAAUCAAGCAAUGUUGGAUGGCUCUGAUAUGCCGACUGCAUUGCCUGCCACAAACCCACUUGCUAGCAAUUUACAUUUUACAUGGUAGAUAAAAUUUAUUUGAAGUGCCUACAGAGCUUUUUCUCAGCAUGUUCUAACCACAGCAAGGCAGUUCAAAGGAGUAUUAGCACUGGCUUAAUCAUACCCCCAUGGAGUGGGAGCAUUUACUCUGCAUUCAAUGAUUCGUUUUGAAAUAUCUGCUGUCACUAAACUGUGUAGAAAUAUUUGAAAAUCGCCCUGUGGUAGCAAGCCUAGUUCGCAAUCCACUCUGAAUACCUUAAACAUUCAUGUAUAUACGGUAAUAGGUUACCAUACUUAAUGGGGCUGUGCCAAAACAGAGACACACUUUGGGGGCAGAGAAGUAUAAACCACCACCAUACAAAUGAUUCCUAUGAAACAUGCCCCACCUUUAGCUUCCUAGACAGGGCACAUUUCCUUCAUUUUGAUCAGGUGUGUGUCAGCUGGCCCUGGAAGGCCAAUCCUUGGCCAUCCAAGCCCUUCUUCUUUGCCUUAGUCAAACUUGCUUGUUGCACUCUGCCUGUUACCAUGCUAUUCCUAUUCCUAAACCCAGGCAAGAAUUUCUUGCUCUUGACCCAAUAUUGAAACUGGAUGUUUUAUGAGCCCUUAUUUAACUACCCUGCCUUCCAGAAUAUCACCGUAAACCUAACUUGCAAGGAUCAUUCUGAUACUUUUGCUUCUCAGAAAAUUCUUAUGUAUUGGGCCAUAAAUGUAGACGUUGGGUCCUGCUAUUAUUUCUUUUUUAAGUGUUUUUGAACAGUUCUUCUCACCUUAUCAGUUUCUUCCAUCUCCCAAUGAUAAGCAUGUUUCAUGGCUUCAGGGUCCUGUUUUUCAGGGAUGACAACUUUGCCUGAUUUCUGCAGUAAUUCCAUUCUCUGUUUGUUUGUUUGUUUGUUUGUUUGUUUGUUUGUGUGUUUGUUUUUUUAGUUUUUCCAGAUUUGUUCAAAGUUAUCCCUGCAAGUAUCCAUGUGAGUGUUAUCCUCUUCUCUUUGGCGCUGUUAGUGUUUGCCCUGAUUGAGACUGGGUUCUUCAUGUAUAAUGCAUUCGGCAAACCCUAUGAAACACUGCAUGGUCCGCUAGGGCUGUACCUGUGGAGCUUCAUCUCAUGUAAGUGUUCCAAAUGUAAUGCCGUGGUUAUGUUUGUCAGAGCCUGGGAUGGAAGAGUGGUUAAGCAAAGUAUCCCUUACAUUUUGUGGGCUCUUGUGAGCCAGUUUUGACUGAUGGGCAGGACAAUCCACCUGUCAAUCAUCUGGCAUCACAACACCAGAUGAUUGGCACCUGUCCAAGUCCCUUCCACAGUGCUUCCCAAGUGCCCAACCACCAGCUGGUUGCUGGGUGAUUGGGAACCAUAGUGCAAGGGGAUUUGCCAGCAUAUUCUCAGCAGAGAGUUGUCAAAGCUACUCUCUGCAGGGAUCAUCUGUUCAGUUGCAUUGCCCAUGACAAAGCCAGUUGUGCAGCUGAUUCAGCCAUGUCUCUAUGUACCUCACAUUUGAUAUCACCUAUGAUGUCAGGUGUGGGGCAGGUGGGUGUGGUUUGGUAGAACAUCCUCAUGGGUCAAAUUGGGACACGUGCUGGGUUUAAACUGGCCCAUGGUCUGGAGGUUCCCUGCCCCUGCCUUGCAUUUUGCCUGUUUUCACCUCUUAACACUGAAAUAUAAACCCAACUAGGGAAAUUUCCUCCCAUCAUUUUGAUGUGAUUUAUUUUCAUUGCACUCGCAUUUGAGGCAAUCUGGUUACCUACCACAUUAGGUAUUAGUGGGUGGCACUGUGGUCUAAACCACAGGACCUUGGGCUUGCCGACCAGAAGGUCGGCAGUUCAAAUCCCCGCAACAGGGUGAGCUCCUAUUUUUCAGUCCCAGCUCCUGCCCACCUAGCAGUUCAAAAGCAAGUCAAGUGCAAGUAAAUAAAUAGGUCCUGCUCCAGCGGGAAGGUAAAUGGCAUUUCCAUGUGCUGCUCUGGUUCACUAGAAGUGGCUUAGUCAUGCUGGCCACAUGACCCGGAAGCUGUCUGCGGACAAACGCCAGCUCCCUCGGCCUAUAGAGUGAGAUGAGCACACAACCCCAGAGUCGUCUGUGUCUGGACCUAACGGUCAGGGGUACCUUUACCUUUUUUACCACACUAGUUAUUGGAGUAAACUGUGGUGCACCCCACAGAAGAGAUAUACAAAGUGUGGUGCUGCUUUGUAACUACUGAAAUGCAAAGAAAACAGAAAUACUGCCUCAUUGUGCAAAGGUCCGUUAGAAAACUGACCAAAUGCUAAUUUUGGAUUUUCUUCUUUUUCAGUUUCUUGUGGCUGCCUCAUCAUGAUACUCUUUUCAUCAGAAGUGAAAAUCCACCACCUCUCAGAGAAAAUAGCUAAUUAUAAAGAAGGGAGCUUUAUUUUUAAAACUCACAGUGAGCAAUUUGCAAAUUCAUUCUGGAUCAUUCUGGUGUGCUCAUUGCUACACAUUCUGAACAUUUUGCUAAUACGCCUUGCUGGAUUUGAGUUUCCUUUUUCAAAAUCGAAAGAUUCAGAGACAGCAAAUGGAGCAGUCGAUCUAAUGUACUAGACAGGUUUUGAACCAUGUUUAAUGAAAAUGGUUCAUCAUGACCUUUUCCCCCAAGACACCAAAUGUAAAUGGGUUUAAAGGCUGUUUUUUUAAAAAACAAACAAAAACAAAUAUGUAUUUGUAUAUUGUGAGCCAGAGACAUUUACAGAGAUAUACCAGCAGAAAAAAGGAAUUACUGUAUUUUUCGCUCUAUAACACGCACCCGACCAUAACACACACGUAGUUUUUAGAGGAGGAAAAUCCGUAGGCAUGCCACCCGUAGGCAUUCCCUGCAUAGCACACACAGACAUUUCCCCUUACUUUUUAGGAGGGAAAAAGUGAGUGUUAUGGUGCAAAAAAUACGGUAAAUAAUAUCAAUAAGAGUUUUGUGGCUCGCAGUAGGUGAUAACUUGUCACUAGGAAGGUAUUGAGUUGGUUUAGAUGUAAUGUCAAACAAUGGUUUGUGAUAACUGUAGUUUAGAUUCCUAAUGAAGUUGUGUGUUCCAGAUACAGAGAUAACUCGUGUGGGAUUCCUUUUCUCUCACCUUUCCUGAGAACCCCUGGGUGCUUUCCCAAACAACCUCAAAGGUUGAGCAUCAUCCCAAACCAUGAUUUGUUGGUUCGGAUGCAAUGCCAAGUUGGUUUGCACAAACUGAGAUGUGCAAGCCGUCUCUAAACCAUGACUUGCAGACCCUGUUAUCAGAUCCUAGUUUGCCAGCCACUCACAAACAAUGGUUUGCCCAAUGGCGUUUGUUUAGACAUCAUGGCAAACCAUUGUUUGGCAUUAUGUCCAAACCAUCCCAUUGUUUUCUUCCAAGGUCUAGAACCCUAGAGGAAUGUAAUGUUGCUGAAUUAGUGUGAUAAAAGCAAAAACUCAAAACUUAGCAGCAGAAGAGGACAGCAUGUGCUUUCCUCGCACAAUCAUGCAAAGAAGAUGGUUUCUAGAAGUAUUACUCUUAAAAAUCUGUGUAUCAGGACAAGAAUAAGAAGUUGACUUCUCCCCUAGAAAAUUGGAAUAAGGCCUCCUUCAUGAAAAGGCACUAACUUUAAAAGAAACUGCAUUGGCAGCAACCAAGUUAAAUUUUAGUCACAGAAAAAGAGUUGUAUUCACUGUAGGAACCCUUCUACGAGCUCACCUCAUGUUCCACGAAUGGAAGCUCCUUCCAUUCACAGAGUGGAAAGGUUGGGUGCCAGCCUAUAUUUUUUACUUAUAUGGAGUGGAUUUAGAUGCAAAUUCCUGGUUUGCAAACUUUACCAAAGAUGCUGCUCAGUGUGUUUAAUAUCAAGUAUUUGAAGAGCUGAUUCCAAGCGUAGCACCUAAAAUCUAAUCUAACAUUGCGGUGUUUUUGUUCUCAUUUUGUAAUGCUUUUAUUUUGUUUUUCACUUUUAUAAGCUUCAGUUUUAGAAACCGAGGUCUGAUCCUCCUGGUGUGCAAAGUGGUACUUCAGACAAUAAAUACAUUCUUCCCCUCGUUCUUCCAUAGCACUUUCAAGUGAUUGUCAGGGGGGCACAUGGCAUGAAGAGAAAGAGAAGAAGAAAACUAAUCUGUGCGGGAAUUUCUUACAACUUACUCCAGCCUUCCGCAGCCUGCUGCUCUGCAGCUGUUUUAAACUACAGCCCCAGCCAACAGGGUCGUGAUUAGAGUGAUAAGAGUUGUAGUCAAAGCAUUUAGUAGGCAAAAGGGUGAGAAUGACUGGUUUAUUCAGUACUUUAUCGCUACAUUUGGUAUUUCUGAGUAACAAAACAUUCUGCCCAUAACAUCAUGAGAAUGUAAACAUAAGAAUAGUCUGCUGGAUCAAGCUAAUGGUACUUCUAGUCUAGCAUUCUCUUCUCGCAGUGUCUAGCCAGAUAUUUCGCCUCUUCUGUUUCUUCUAUUUCCUGUGUAAUAAACAAAAUCUGCCCU